AUGGCAAACGACCACUCCUACACGGAUCUGUUGAUUAUCGGCGCCGGCCCGGCAGGGCUGAUGGCAGCCUGCUGGGCGGCACAAUUCCACAUGAAGACGCGAAUCAUUGAUCAGAAGAGUGGACGCACACCGACCGGGCAUGCCGAUGGGUUGCAGAGUCGCACGUUGGAGAUCUUGGACAGUUUUGGGAUUGUUGAUCCGAUUUUGCGGAAGGGGGUGCCGCAUACGGAGAUGGCGUAUUGGGCACUCAAUGAGAGCACGGGGCGUAUCGAGCGGCUUAAGACGAGUGCUUCGUUGCCUGGGAGCUCGGUGUAUGAUCAGUAUCUACUUAAUCAGGGGGCCACGGAGCAAGUGCUCCUGGACUCGCUUAAUGAGUCGGGAGUCAAGGUUGAGUAUGGUUGCAGAGCGGAGAAUUUGACCGUCUCUGACUCCGAAUCCGAGACGGAUUACAAGGUGGCUGUCGAAGUCGCGUCGGCUAAGGCGCCCGAUGGGACCGAUGGGUUGCAAGAUAGGAAGACGAUCCGUGCUCGCUAUCUGAUCGCAUGUGAUGGCGCACGUGGCUGGACCAGGAAUCAAUUGAAUGUCCCCGUCGACAAGAAUCUGGGCGAAUCGACGUGGGCGGUCUUUGACAUCGCUCCUAUCACGGAUUUCCCGGACAUCCGCCAGUCAUGCGCGAUCAGCUCGGGGGACCGUGGCAGUAUAAUGACCGCACCGAGAGAGAACCGACUGGUUCGAUUCUACAUACAUCCCAAGGGUGACAGAGAACUGUGCGAUGACAAGAAUUCCUCGUCGAACCAAACGCUUGAGGAGCUGGUCAGAACCGCAGAGUCUUUGAUGGCCCCUUACCAAUUGAGGUACAAGUACUGUGACUGGUGGUCCAUGUACUCGAUCAAGCAGCAGCUUGUGAAGCACCUACGACCCCACAACAGAAUCUUCCUGGCCGGUGAUGCUGCCCACACCCACUCCCCGAAGGCUGGCCAGGGAAUGAAUGUAUCAAUGCAGGACACAUACAACCUGGUCUGGAAGUUGGGUGCGGUCAUCACCGGGGUCGCGGAUCCGAAGAUUCUAGAUACAUAUGAGUCCGAACGAGGACCGGUCGCGGCUGAGCUGCUGAGAUUGGAUGUCGACUUGGUCGGAGCGUACGAGAAAGAUACAGGUGCCUCGAAUGGGGUGGAGUCUGUUCGAGACCAGUAUUCCGAGUUUAUCUCCGGACUGGGCGUGACCUACAGUUCAAACGCCCUAAUUUCCGACCAGUCACCUAAAGGCCCGGCAAAGAACAUUCGAGUGGGCAGACGACUCGACCCGUUCUCCGUGGUCAAUCACGCGGAAGGUAACUCGACCUACCUGACGAGCAGGCUUCGAAGUGACGGGUCUUGGAGGUUGCUGGUCUUCGCAGGAGACCUCCGUCAAGCCGACUCUCGCUUCCGGUUGGAUUCGUUCGCCCAAAGCUUCAGCAAGCGGCCGUUCCUGUUACGGAUGCAUCGGGAAAGAUAUGGGUCCCGCGAUGGCUGGCUUCUGGAGACGAUCCUCAUACACGCCAGUCCAAGGACUGCGGUUGAACUCCUUGAUCUACCGGAGAUAUUUCACCCGUUUGACGAUACGUGGGGAUGGGACUACACGAGGGUAUUCGCGGACAAUGGCUCUGGGCAAGGACGCGGUGGUGCAUACGAGGGUUACGGCGUUGACACGGAGACCGGCUGUGUGGUACUUUGCCGCCCCGAUCAACAUGUUGCGUGGAUUGGGGACAUGGAUCAAACAGCUGAUCUCGAUAGUUACUUUUCCAGCUUCGUGAGGGACGGAUCGCGCGAGACGAACGGAGUUGCACUGGCGUCAUGA